AUGGCUUCUGUGGGCGUGGCACCUACUUCGGGUUUGAGAGAAGCUAGUGCCCAUAACGUUGGCGUGGAUAUGUUACCUGAGGAAAUGAAUGACAUGAAAAUUAGAGAUGACAAAGAAAUGGAGGCAACAGUAGUGGAUGGUAAUGGUACAGAGACAGGUCAUAUUAUAGUAACAACAAUUGGUGGUAGAAAUGGCCAGCCAAAGCAGACAAUAAGUUACAUGGCUGAGCGUGUUGUUGGGCACGGUUCAUUUGGGGUUGUUUUCCAGGCAAAAUGGUUAGAGACUGGCGAAACUGUUGCUAUAAAGAAAGUUCUUCAAGAUAAGAGGUAUAAGAACCGUGAGCUGCAAACCAUGCGUCUCCUUGACCACCAGAACGUUGUCUCUUUAAAGCAUUGCUUCUUUUCAACAACUGAGAAGGAUGAGCUUUAUCUUAAUCUGGUUCUCGAAUUUGUUCCUGAAACUGUUCAUCGUGUGAUUAAACACUACAGCAAGUUGAAUCAGAAGAUGCCACUAAUAUAUGUCAAACUUUAUACAUAUCAGAUAUUUAGGGCAUUGUCGUACAUCCAUCGUGCAAUUGGAGUGUGUCAUCGUGAUAUUAAACCUCAAAACCUUUUGGUGAAUCCUCAUACGCAUCAAGUUAAAUUAUGUGAUUUUGGCAGUGCAAAAGUCUUGGUUAAAGGGGAGCCAAAUAUAUCUUAUAUCUGCUCUAGGUAUUACAGAGCACCUGAACUUAUAUUUGGAGCAACGGAAUACACCGCAGCUAUUGACAUCUGGUCUGCUGGCUGUGUCCUUGCUGAGCUAUUGCUUGGACAGCCUCUAUUUCCCGGUGAGAGUGGAGUUGACCAGCUUGUGGAGAUUAUCAAGGUUUUGGGCACUCCAACAAGGGAGGAAAUUAAGUGCAUGAACCCGAAUUACACAGAGUACAAGUUCCCUCAGAUUAAAGCUCAUCCUUGGCACAAGAUGUUCCACAAGCGCAUGCCUCCUGAAGCAGUUGAUCUGGUUUCUAGGUUACUGCAAUAUUCCCCUAACUUACGGUGCACAGCUCUGGAUGCCUUGACGCAUCCCUUUUUUGAUGAGCUCCGUGCCCAAAGCACCCGUUUGCCAAAUGGGCGUUUCCUUCCACCGUUAUUUAACUUCAAAUCUCAUGAAUUGAAGGGGGUGUCAGUUGAGAUGUUGGUCAAAUUGAUACCGGAGCAUGCAAGAAAGCAAUGUGCCUUUCUUGGUCUUUUUCAAAUUGAACAGACUGAGAUGUGCAUAGGAGAUGCUUCAAAUUUAGGUUAUGAAUUAAGAUCUGAUAUUGAUAGCUCUUUAAUCAAGAAUGCUAAUGCAAAACCCUCAAGUGGGAAGCCUUCAGGAGCUGCUAAUCCUUAUGCGAUAGAUUUGGAUAACUUCACUAAGCGCUUGAACAUGUUGUAUUCUCAUUGGAAGGAACACCACAAUGACCUAUGGGGUGCUUCUGAUGCUCUUGCUAUAGCAACGCCUCCGGCUUCAGAGGAUCUCCGGUAUCUGAAGUCAUCAGCACUGAAUAUUUGGUUGGUUGGAUAUGAGUUCCCAGAGACGAUUAUGAUCUUCCUGAAGAAGCAGAUUCAUUUCUUAUGUAGCCAGAAAAAGGCUUCUUUGCUUGAUGUUGUGAAGAAGUCUGCCAAAGAGGCUGUUGGUGUUGAAGUUGUGAUACACGUGAAGACCAAAAGCGAUGAUGGAAGUGGGUUGAUGGAUAUCAUUUUUCGUGCAGUUCAUGCUCAGCCAAACUCUAAUGGCCAUGAUGCUCCUGUCAUUGGACAUAUAGGAAGAGAAAGUCCUGAAGGGAAGCUUUUGGAGACAUGGGAUGAAAAACUAAAGAAUGUUAAUUGUGAGCUAAGUGAUGUAACAAAUGGGUUCUCAGACUUAUUUGCUGUCAAAGACAGCACUGAGCUUACAAAUGUAAGGAAAGCAGCAUUCUUGACUUCUUCAGUAAUGAAGCAGUUUGUGGUGCCAAAGCUUGAAAAGGUCAUUGAUGAGGAGAAGAAGAUCUCCCAUUCUUCAUUGAUGGAUGAAACAGAGAAGACAAUAUUGGAACCUGCAAGAAUUAAGGUAAAGCUGAAGGCAGAGAAUGUCGAUAUUUGCUAUCCUCCAAUUUUUCAGAGUGGAGGAGAGUUUGAUCUGAAACCGAGUGCUGCAAGCAAUGAUGAGAACCUCUACUAUGACUCUACUAGUGUUAUCAUAUGUGCAAUCGGGUCCCGGUACAACAGCUACUGCUCAAAUGUUGCAAGAACUUUUUUGAUCGAUGCCAAUCCGAUGCAGAGUAAGGCAUACGAGGUCCUCCUUAAGGCCCACGAAGCAGCAAUCAGUGCAUUGAAGCCUGGGAACAUAGUCAGUGCUGUGUAUCAAGCAGCACUCUCUGUGGUCGAGAAGGAUGCUCCCGAAUUAACUGCAAACUUGACCAAAACUGCUGGAACUGGAAUCGGCCUUGAGUUUCGUGAGUCGGGGCUUAGUCUUAAUUCCAAGAAUGAUCGAAUUCUGAGACAAGGAAUGGUUUUCAAUGUGUCUAUUGGCUUUCAGAACUUGCAGGCAGAGACCAAAAACCCCAAGACCCAGAAAUAUUCUGUCUUACUUGCAGAUACAGUGAUUGUUGGUGAGAAAUUCGCAGAUGUGGUGACUUCAAAGUGUACUAAAGCUGUUAAAGAUGUGGCAUACUCAUUCAAUGAAGAUGAUCAGGAAGAAGAUCGUCCAAAAGUCAAAGCUGAACAUAGAGGGAGUGAGAACACCUUGUCGAAGGCAACACUUAGGUCAGACAACCAUGAAAUGUCAAAGGAGGAGCUUCGAAGGCAGCACCAGGCAGAGCUCGCCCGCCAGAAGAAUGAAGAGACUGCUAGGAGGCUUGCUGGUGGGGGUUCUGGUGCAACAGAUAAUCGAGGUGGUGCAAAGACAAUUGGUGAUUUAAUUGCAUAUAAGAAUGUCAAUGAUCUCCCCCUCCACGAGAGUUUAUGA